AAAGCACUUUGCCAGCCAACCAGAGAGCAGUAGGGCGAAAAUGGCGAUGACUUCCAGUGCCUUCGAGAUCCUGCGCUCGACGCGCCAGUUGCCGGUGGUGGAGAAGGAGUUGGUCUUCGGCAAGCGCUCGACGGAUGCAGCAGCUGCGAGGUCCACGGCGGGCGCUGCAUGGGGUAAGAGUUCGCGUAAGUGGGUGGCUGCCUCGACCUCAUCCCGCGAGUUUGGCGACGCCAUGCCUCGCGAGCUGCGCACUCUAGUGGCCGCCUCCUUCGACGUGUUUACACGUACACAAAAGAAGACGCAGCUGGGCGCAUUCGGCGUCACGCGUGCCAGUCGCGAAUACCGCGAAGCUCUGAAGACGUGCAUCUUCGCUCUGGAAGACCGUCUGGAGGCAAACAAGGAUACGAACGUCAAUACCGAAGAAGAAGGAGAGUUCCUAGACCUACUGAAGGUGUCGCUAGCCAUCUGGCACCUGUGUGAGCUGCUGCUGCUCCGCGGUGGAGCUAGAGGAGCCGACAGAACACUCGCUUAUGAGCUUGCGUUGUGGCUACAGGAACAUUAUUGCAGCACGUUGCUGGAGAAGACAGAGGCUGAGAGUGAGAGGCUGAAGAAGCAACAGAAGCCUGAACAAGACCCAGCCUUCUGGAGCACGAUCCAGUCCCUGGUAAUGACGGGAGACGGCCCCAGUGCCUGGAGUAUAUUAGCCUCACAUUCGAGCUACAAGUCGCUGUUUUCUCGUGACACCAUGUCGCUCACUGGAGCGUCGACCAAAGCGGCGUUUCAAGCAGUGCAGAAUCUGCUGUUGACGAUGCCCGGAAGAGCUGGAAACUCGAAUAGAACCAUGGGACACGACGGACCAGCGGAGUGGAAGACCUGGAACGAUGCGUGUCAGUAUUUACUCAACACAGACGGAUAUAUCAAGGCAAACGCAGGGUUUACGACACUUCUGGAGACUAUGGCAGCCAAGGAAGACGUGCUGAAGAGCCAUGCUUCCACUUGGUACGAGCUGAUGAUGGCCAGACUGUUCUUGGACGAACCUAAGGCCAUCGCGCACCGCUUCGAGUUUCUGAUGGCCAACUGCUUCUGUGUUUACAACAAGGACGAGAAGAGUAUGGGCAAUUUUGAUUGCAUUAUCCUGGCUAUUAUGCAGUACGACAUUCAGAGUGCACUGCAGGACAUCAUUGCACUGGGCUUCUCGUGGAUGGCAGCGCAUCUGGCUGAUCUAUUGCAGAGAAGUAACGUGAUUUUGACCGACGAGUUUUUGCCCGAUGCGGACUGUACGUUACGAGAGCGUUUUUUGUUGCAAUAUGCGAUGGAAAUCGGUGCCAGUAGUGGCAUGUGGCAGUUUGCUGUGCGAUACUAUGAGUAUUGUCCUAAGUUCGGUGCGAUUGCGAUUCGAUCUGCGUUGGCACGUGAACCUUUGCCGACGGAUUACAAGAUGGAGCGUCUUCUGGCGUACUGUCAUGGCAAAAAAUUCCUGGCACAAACUCAGAAACACAUUACACUCCAGAGAGCACAAGAAUGCAAAGCGAAGAAGGCUUACGCGUCAGCGCUUCACUGGAUGCUGCGUGACAACCACCUGGACGACGUGGAUGCUCUAUGUGAUGGCAUUUUGCAGGAAUGCAACGACACUAAGUCGCUCACUCCUUUGCAUGAGGCCGUACAAUUUAUGGAGUCUCACUCGGAGUUGACACGUCCUCAGAAGUUGGCGUGGUUGGUGAAAUACCGUGAUUUCCAACUGGUACUGGAUGACCUGGAGUCUUUGCGGCAACAGCUGAAGACGGAUGAAAUCUUGAGAAACAAGGACAAGCGCAUGGCUCUUGAAAGUAAGGUUCGGUUCGUGUCCGUGGAAGCUGCUAAGCGUCUGGACUGGUUAUUCAGCUCGACGGAAGCCCCUAAGGUGCUGCGAUCUGAAGUUUUACGACAAGCUGAGCGUUUUCUCAAGGAAUCUCCGACCGUGUUUGCAUCGCGACACCUGUACUCGCUUAUGGCUUAUUUGCAGCAACUGGACCGUUCGUUUGACCGUCAAGCGUUUUACGACUCGGGCUCGAACAAACAACUGAAAGAACGCAUCGAAAGUUUGAUUUCUCGAAAUCUUGCAGAAGCAAUGCUGCAAGAAGCCACCGCCAGCGGAUGUGGUGUGGACCCUCCAAGCCGUCAAAUAACUGCUGCAUUGGUUGCUCAGCAGCCGUACUUGAUCGCCGACGCGUCAAUGGAAGAGUAAGCUAAGUCAGUCUGAGGACCGAUCUUGUUGGAAUGCUGGGAUAUUAGCUCGAUAUGCUUCCAGGUCGCGAACGAUAUCUUCGACUGCCUGCAAAACUGAUUGAGUUUGGCGGUGACGAAGCCUUCUGCCAGAAGUUCAUGUUCUGGUACUGAAUUGAAGUGAAAGAAGAUGGAUUCGACAUUAGAGAAAAUCAAAUAGCAAGAUCAGAAGCAUUUUCAAAGAAUCGUACGAGCUGUUUUCAUUACCAUCAACUUCUGUGGAUUGGCAAUGAGUGAGAUCAAAAUGGGAAAGUUGAUGGCAUUAGAGCUGAAUUGAGACGAAUGACGUGGUAAGCUACACUUACAGAAGUGAUGAGUGUGUUAUAUAUGAAUCUACAGACUGCUUCCUCCAAGAUAGUCAGCAAGAACAAUGGUGGCCAUCCCCUUCCAGUGGAUGCACAGGUUUCAGCGUUUCGUGCUGUUCUCUAGCUUAGAGUAUAGUUAGUGGCAUAGCACUUCCCGCAGGUUUCUGUGAUGCACAAUUGUUGCUGAUGUAAACUUUCAAUUGCAGUAUACUUGGCGUCAGGAUGGGGCAUUGGAGCACUC